AUGGAGCCUUUGAUUCGGCCACUGCCACGUGAGGAGCCGCUGCUUGCCUCCAGACGUGCCGUUCUCGAGCGCACGCGCCGGCAGCACGCCGGCACACUUAACAUCUUCGCAACGCAGGAGCCGCCAACGCCUGCCGCGCCUCGCAUCGCGCGGCAACGGGCGCACCACAACUACGAGUCGCAAGAAACGCGGGAGUUCGCAUUCGGCCACCUGCAUCGCGUGAAGCCGCCGCAGCGCGUGGAGACGCCGCGUGGCAUCCAUCACGUGGCGGGCGCGGUAGGGAAUAUGCAGAGCAUUCAGGUCGUCAGCAUCACGGACGCGUACAAGGACCCAAACAACAUGCCAACGCCGCGCGCCGGCCUGCGGUGCGCUACCCGUAGCCACUCGUCGUCGAUGCGCGAGAUAUUGUCGUACGCCGGCGGCAGCGAUGAGAUGCGGCCGAUCAGCCGUCCCCCAUCGCGGGUGGUGAACUAUAGCCAGCAGGAGCGCUUCUGUCAGGCAGUUCGCGACCACGCGCAGCACCGCCGCGGCGGCGUGACGGGGUUUUACGUUAACCUUGCGCGUGGCCGCGUGGGGCGUGUCUCGGCUCAUACGCCUGUGGAGACGCCGCGUGGGUGGCGGCUCGAGGACGAGCCGCCAACGCACACCUUAACGCUCGGCAGCUGUAGGGACCAGCUGCAGUCGCUAACAGGCAUCGACAUCUCGUUGGCGGAGAUGGCAGAGUUGCUGUGGGAUGCGGACGACCUGCGGGCGGCGAUGGGAGGCAGCGUGGAUGAGGCGCGAUUGUGUGAACUGAAAGUCUCCUACCGCGACUUCUCUGCGGCCUUCGGUGACAACUCCGCCAAUACCAAGCUUGCCACAAUGAAAAUAUAA